AUGUUUAUACCAAAAUUCCUUAUAAGGACUAGGCCCCUGCUGAGAUUUCCUAGUCAAUUUGUUAAGAUUCGCCAUCAAAGGACAUUGGCAGAUAUCAGUACAGUAUCUUCAAGACAUAGCUUCAGAAAGGGAAGAACCUAUAGGCUUGUCAUCAGGCCUACUCUUGUGGUAGUUGGACUUGGCGGGGUUAUAUAUUUUACUGACGAGCAUGCCUUUUCCUCUUUAUUGACUAGAUCCGUCAGAGCACUCUAUGUCAUGUCUUGGAUUGCCUACGAGUAUUCCAUGAACACUACGAGCUAUACCGAUAUCAAUGAUUUGCAUGAGUUGGCAGCAGAUAGGUUGUUUAACUUACUUAUGGCAAACAAAGGAUUAUAUAUAAAGUUGGGGCAGGCCAUUGCAAAUCAAGGAAGCGUGUUCCCUUUGGCAUUUCAGAGAAAGCUCACACUGCUCUAUGAUGAUGCACCUGUUGAUGAUUGGACUAUGGUUGAUAGUGUGUUGCGAGAAAGUCUAGGAGAAAACUAUGAAUCUGAAAUUUUUGAGUCCAUAGAACAUGUUCCAAUUGCAAGUGCAUCAAUUGCCCAAGUCCACAAGGCUUAUCUCAAGUCGAAUGGAGAUCCUGUAGCAGUCAAGGUUCAACAUGAAUAUAUUUCUAAGCAAGUGGUUAUAGACUUAUUUAUGUAUCGAGUCAUUUCAAAGUUAUACGAGAAAGUAUUUGAUUUACCACUUAGCUUUUUCACCCAAUAUAUUUCGGAUCAGAUUGCAAAGGAGACCGAUUUCGUUCAUGAAUCUCAAAAUGCUGAGCAUCUUCGUGAUCUCAUCACUCAUGACUCCUCUCUCAAGGGAAGUAAUAUCUAUAUACCAAGAAAUUAUCGCAGCAUAAGUACAGAGAGAGUGCUCAUCAUGGAAUGGAUUGAUGGUGUUCCACUCACAGACAAAGAGAGAUUAAUAGAGGAUGGUUACAAUUUGAAAACAAUAAUGAAUCAGUAUCUAAAAGUGUUUGGGAGACAAAUAUUUGUUUAUGGUUUUAUCCAUUCUGAUCCACAUCCAGGUAAUGUUAUUGCUAGAUUCAAUAAUGGAAAGCAAGAUUUGGUAAUAUUGGAUCAUGGCUUAUAUGUGACACUCUCAGAUAGUUUUAGAACGCAAUACUGUAAGCUAUGGGCUUAUUUAUCUACAUUUGACAGAGAAGGAAUAGAACUGAUAGCACGAGCAUGGGGAAUUCAAUACACAGAUAUGUUUGCAUCGUUUAUACAACUUUCUCCGCCGGAGAAUUUCCAACCUAAAACAAUGACCGUGAAUGACCUUAUGAGAGGCUUUUUGGGAGAUGAAAAGAAGUUCCCUUUAGAACUUCUUUUCCUAACAAGAGCAAUGAGAAUUAUACAAAGCUUAAACCAGGGCCUCGGAAGCCCCGCAAACAGAAUAAAUAUACUCACGCUAGAGCUGGUCAAUACUCUUUUAAGUAGUAGCUCUGGCAUCUUCGAUUACAUUCAAUUGUUCAAGAUAAAGCUCGCCUUGUUUAUUAGUAACAUUGUAUUUUACCUAUUCAAGCUAAGGCAAAUGCUUUAUGGCGACAAAAGCUCUAAAGGGAACGGUAUUGAGGACUAUUUGGAUUCUUAUAUGAGGAACACUGCAAAAUCAAUGGGUAUAGAGUUGAUGUAA